AUGUUUGUCUACGAAGGCAGACUCAAUUGGGGUAGUUCAGCCCGCGAUGAGACAGCUGCCAUUAUUUUACCCUCCAGCCCGAUGCGUGCCGGAGACCCUGUCUUCAUCCUGUCCCAAUGGUCCCGUGAUUCCGGAGGGAACAAGAAGGCUCCCCUAUCCCAGAAAAUAACUAUUGACAAGGUCGCCAAGACUGUCAACGGUAAUGACACCUUUACAGUCAAGCCAGGCUACUACAGAUGGAACAUGACCUCUCGUGACAACUACGACAAGCUUGACUUUGUCCUAUCUACAGACACCACUACAUCCACGAGCCGUAUGGAGUUUAAGCGCGUCUGGAAGCCCGCAAACCCACAAUCAAAAGAGGCCGGCAAGAUCUGGGUCAGCAAGCUCAACUGGCCCGUCAUGGCUGAUAAUGAGUUUUGUUUGUUCAUUGCUCCUGAAGGAUUUGGCGAAGGAAAGCCUUUCCUCUCAAUGUGGUAG